AUGCAGAGAAAGAAGACGGAUGAUGCAAAGUUUAGCAAGUUCCUAGCAAUACUCAAGCAAUUAACUAUAAAUGUGCUUUUCAUCGAGGCACUUGAGAAAAUGCCAGGGUAUGCAAAAUUCAUAAAAUACCUUAUUACCAAGAAGAGUGUAGUGAGUUAUGAACUAGAAGAAGAUCUCCACCUUUGCAGUACCAUUUCCAUACGGACCUUGAUGCAGAAAAAGUCGGAUCCAGGUGCAGUCAGUAUUCCCUACAUGAUUGGAACCAUGGAAUUUACUAAAGCACUAUGUGAUCUAGGGGCAAGUGUUAAUCUGAUGUCAUUGACUAUUUAUAAAAAUUUAGGCCUGGGGAAUCCCACACCUACCGACAUGAGGCUGGUGAUGGCUGACAGAUCAGUAAAGCGACCUAUUGUCAUUCUGUAUGAUGUGUUGGUAAAGGUCUCAAAUUUCAUAUUCCCUGCGGACUUCAUCAUUCUGGAUUGCGAGGUAGACUUCAAGGUACUUAUAAUCUUUGGUCGACCUUUCCUUGUAACUAGAAGUAUGUUGAUUGAUUUGAGAGCGAAUGAACUCUUAUUUAGGGUGAACAAUAAAGAGGUACAGUUUGAUGUGGGAAGAUCAAUGAAGCAACAUAUGGAAAUAAGCAUGUUUUCAGUGGUUGAUGUGUAUUCUGAGGACGAAUAG